AUGGCAUCUUUUGCGACAGCUUGUCGUGUAUCUGCUAGACUUACUGCUAGGGGAUUGCGACAAGAUGCCACUGCCAGAGGACUCAGGACCUCUGCAGCAUGUCUAGCUGCCCAGAACUUCACGAUGCCGGCUCUUUCUCCUACGAUGACCGAGGGAAAUAUUGCAAAGUGGAAUGUUAAGGAAGGAGAUUCAUUUGCGGCUGGUGAUGUCUUACUCGAGAUCGAAACUGAUAAGGCUUCAAUGGAUGUUGAAGCUCAGGAUGAUGGUAUUAUGGCGAAGAUCACAAUGGGAGAUGGCAGCAAAGGAAUCAAGGUUGGCACAAGAAUCGGUGUUCUCGCAGAAUCUGGAGAUGAUUUGAGUUCAUUGGAAAUACCAGCUGAAGACAGUGCUGCCCCUCCACCGCCAAAAGAAGAGGCCUCGAAGCCAAGCCCCGCAAAGUCCUCAGAAUCACAAGCUGAAGCUCCCCCUACCUCGAAGCCAUCUGCCGAGACUUCCGCUCCCGUAAAGAAAUCAUCAGGAAAGGCAAAGAAACAAACAUACCCUCUACUUCCUUCAGUCGAACAUUUGAUUCACGCACGUGGAUUAGAUGCAUCUGAUAUCGAAAAGAUGGUGCCCAGUGGUCCUAAUAAUCGACUGUUGAAAGGUGAUGUUCUAGCGUAUUUGGGCUCAAUAUCUUCCUCAUACCCUACCGAACUUUCGCAAAAGAUCGCCAGACUCUCCCACCUCGACCUCAGCAAUAUUAAGAUUGCUCCUCCCAAGGCAGUUAAGCCAGCCAAGAAAGACGCACCAGCACCAAAACCAAUCACAUUCCACCGUGUCGCCCACACCGUUUCCAUGAAAGCAGCCGUAGAGGUUCAACAAAGGAUACAAUCUACACUUGGUGUAUUCAUACCUCUCUCAACAUUCAUUGAGCGUGCAGCAGAUGUCGCAAAUGAUGACCUUCCCCGCCCAAAGAACUACAAACCGACAUCCGAUGAACUUUUUGACUCCGUUCUCGGGCUUGACAAAGUUAACUCAGCAAAUGGGGUUAGAGGAAACUUUUUACCGGAGAGCGGUGCCGCACUUCGCCAAGGUGCUCAAGCAUUACAAUCGUCGAAAAAGAACAAUAAUAUCGAUGUCUAUGACUUCUUGUCAGGUGUUACAAGGACAGCACCAGUCAAACGCUCGGCACCAAAACCGGAGCCAGUUGCAGCAGAUGAAUUUUGGGUAACAAUUCCAGAAACUGAUAUGGAGGCUGCGUCAAUUUUCAUGCAGAGAUUCAAGCUUGUCUUGGAACAGGAGCCCGGGAGGUUGAUUCUGUAAAACACGCGUGUGUAGUAUACCUAGCUAGAUGGAGAAUAGAUUGAUGAUACCACGAGAGGAUUAUUUUCAUUACCAAUCUCUUCUGAGCCACUUUUCCGUUUGUAUGUAUGCA